AUGGCGUUGGAUUCAGCUGUAGCCGCCUCGGCUCCAGGCAAGGUGCUCCUAGUGGGAGCGUACCUUGUGGUAGAGCCUCCUAAUCAAGGCCUCGUUCUCGCCACGAACGCGCGCUUCUACGCCAUUGCGCAGCCGCUAAUCGCCGAGAGGGAGAAGCAGGUUACGGAAUCAGCGGAAACAGCAGAUGCGGGCAGAGAGAGCCUGAUGACCGUUGGCGUGGAUUCGCCUCAACGAGGCAGCUGCUACUUCUUCGACCUGUCCCUUCCAAAUCUCGAAAUCAGCAACCGCAGGGAAGGUGACGCCUGUGCGGGUGAAUGCACAGGACAGAAAGGUCAAGCGGAGGAAGGCAGCGCGGAGAGGGUUUCAGGCAACCCUUAUGUGGAAAGGGUGGUUCAGGUGGCUGUGGGAGCUGCCCUGGGGGAGACAGGCGGAUUGAGGGACGGAGCAACGGACAAGCGGCAGCUGAGGGAGCGGCUGACGAGUGCAGGAGUGCGCAUCACGAUUGCAGGAGACAACGACUUUUAUUCGCACCGCCACACUCUGCAACAGAUGGGCCUGCCGCUCUCUGCGUCCUCCCUCGUCCGCAUCCCCCCCUUCGCCCCGAUCGUCAGCAACCCUCCUUCAGCAGCCCCAGCCACAUCAACACCCCCGGUAACAACAGCAGCCCCACACGCAGCAGCAUCAGCAUCAGCAUCAGCAUCAGCAGUCGCAGUAGCAGCAGCAGCAGAGCCCACGAGAGGGCACGUGCCAGAGGUGGCGAAGACAGGGCUGGGGUCGUCUGCCGCCAUGACUGCUGCUGUCUCCGCUGCCCUGCUGCGCUUCCUCGGCGUGCUGGAGCGCACAGGGAGUGGCGCUGCUGAUGAGGGUUCUCAGGAGCGGGCCAUGGGGAGUGGAGCGGAGGAGAGCUCUCAAGGGGAGGCGGUGGGGAGUGCGGGGACGGUGGGGAGGGAGGAGGUGGUGCAUCGGGUGGCGCAGGUGGCGCACUGCUUGGCACAGGGCAAGGCGGGCAGCGGGUUUGAUGUGGCAGCUGGCGUGUUUGGGUCCAUGUGCUACCAGCGCUUCAACCCGUCCGUCAUGCAUGCCCUCAUGGUGGGUGCUCUCGUGCUGGGUGCUGCCAUGAUGGUACUGGGCGAGCCAGGCACAGGGGGUACCGCCACACCCUCCAUGCUUUCUGCUGUCAUGAAGUGGCGGCGGCAAUCACCAGGAGAAGCAGAGCCCAUUUGGGAAGGCCUAAAAGAGGCCAAUGCGGCAGUGUCUGCUGCUCUCUCACACCUGUCCCUUCUCGCUCGCACCCAUCCAGACGCCUUCUCCACCACUCUGAACCGCCUGCAGCACGUGCCUCUCACUGCAGCAACCCCAGUGGCGCCUGUUGCUGCUGCAACCCAGGUGAACCCCUUGUGUGCCACCUAUGAGGCAGCGGGAGAUCUCCAGGCUGAGGUUGAGGUAACUCUGGAGUCUACUCAACAGUUGCAAGCAGGCACAUCGGUGCAUGGUAGCAGCGACAUCAGCCACACAAGCAGGGCCAUCAAACCACACGCACCACAGCAACCACAGGAACAUCAAGAAUCGCAAACAGAACAAGAGCAGCAAGGUGGUGACAUCCGGAAUACCAUCCUACACGCGCUUCUCACCCUGCGGUCCUCCUUCCUCUCAGUGCGCCACCUGCUCUCUGCCAUGGGCUCUGCUGCCGCCACACCCAUCGAACCCCCCAAGCAGACCGCACUUCUUGACGCCACCAUGCAGCAGCCGGGGGUGGUGAUGGCGGGGGUGCCGGGUGCAGGGGGAUUUGAUAGUGUGUUUGCGGUGGUGGUGGGAGAGGAGGCGGCGAGGAGGCUGGAUGGGAUGUGGGCUGGUAUGGGGGUGAUGCAGAUGGGUGUCAGGAGUGGGGCGGAGGGGAUGAGGUGCCUCUUCCACCCCUCUGUUCCCACUUUCACGGCACCUGACGGGAAACCUGACGAGGGAACCUGCCAAGGCUCUGUGACAAAGCAGUCGCCUCACCUCUACUCGGGCUCCUUGUGGGUCUGUGGCUCCACCACGAGGGUGUGGCGGUCGCUGUGGAAGUGGAAGGGCGCCUCAAAGGCGAAGGCAGAGAGAUCGUCCACCUGCCACUCGUGCUCGUGCACCCCCCACAGCGGAUCCAUGCCCACCCCCAUCUUCACACUGCGCCGCCGCACCAGCGCCCGCACCGUCGCACUGAAGGCUCGGAUGGAGGCUCGGGAAGCGGUAGGGGAGGCGGGAGGGGCUCGGGAAGGGGUGGGGGAGGGUUGGAGCGAGGGGGAUGUGGUUGGGGAGGGGUGGGAGGAGGGCGAUGGGGAGGAUAGGCUGCGAGGGUUGAACUCGAUGCUGCUGGUUACCACGUACUGUGUGCAUGGCGGUGUUAUACCGCAGUGGGAAAGAGGGAGGGAGGACGAGACAGAAUCAGACAAGGAUAAAAUGAGCAGCACUGACAACGAGGGAGAAGUCCCGUUUGAAGGGCCACUUGAGCGCCCACACGGUGCCUGGCUGCGGAUACACCGCGUGCACACUCCUGCCCGCCCCGCCUGCUACCCUGCGCACCCUCCGCACCCUGAUGGGGGUGAUGGGGGUAAUGUGAUGGGAAUGACGGGGAUGAUGGGGAUAAGGGUGGCGUUCGAAGGGCCAUAUGACAGCCCCAAGACGGUGCCUGGCUGGGGAUACACUGCAUGCGAAACUCCAGCCCGGGCCCCCUGCCUGCCCUGCCACCCUCCUCACUCGCCCCAACCUCAUGUGCGAUAUGGGCGGGGCGAUGGGGGUGAUGGGGGUGAUGGGGGUAUUGGGGGUGAUGGGGGUGAUGGGAGUGAUGGGGGUGAUGGGGGUGAUGGGGGUGAUGGGGGUGAUGGGAGGGAUGGGGGUAUUGGGGGUAUUGGGGGCGAUGGGGGUGAUGGGGGUGAUGGGGGUGAUGGGGGUGAUGGGGGUAUUGGGGGUGAUGGGGGUGAUGGGAGUGAUGGGGGUGAUGGGGGUGAUGGGGGUGAUGGGGGUGAUGGGAGGGAUGGGGGUAUUGGGGGUAUUGGGGGCGAUGGGGGUGAUGGGGGUGAUGGGGGUGAUGGGGGUAUUGGGGGUGAUGGGGGUGAUGGGGGUGAUGGGGGUGAUGUGAUGUGA